AUGUUCUGUGAAGAAACUAUGAAGAAUAUCAGUUUGGUGAAUCUUGGUAAACUUCUAGAUGACUUCUCAGUGAUAGAAAAGAAAAUAUCAGAAAUUACUGAAGCAAAUAACCUACUGGCUCUUCAGCUGGAAAAAUCCAGUAUGUUGGUAAAAUUAAGCCUAUCUAAAGAGGACUCAGCAAAAGAAGAAUGUACUGCUUUGCAGAAUGUGAUAAAUGGUCUAACACAAACUGUUGAAAACCAAUGUAACGUGAAAGAUGAAAAUGAGAGCCUGAAAGAUAAUAUUCAGAUGUUGGAAGAGAAAUUAACUGCUCGUGAACAGGAAUAUAAACUUCAGAUUGAGAAGCUUUUGAUGGAAAUUAAAAAUAAAGAGGAAGACCACAAAGUGGAAAUAACAAGACUGAAUCGUGACAUGAAAAAACAAAUUGAACUAAUAGAAGUGGAAUAUAAAGAAAAAAUAGAGAAAAAAGAACUGGAAGUAUUAGAGUUAAACAGACAGCUGAAAACUCAAGAUGAAGAGAAGCAGAAUGAAAUAAUUAAACUGCAGAUAGAGUUCAAUGCUAAAUUAGCAAGAGUUCAGAAUAAAACAGCAAAAUCAUUUCCAGAUGCAUCUGUCCUGCCACAAAGUAUCUAUCGAAGGAAGCUGCAGCAUCUCUAGGAGGAAAAAAACAAGGAAAUUGAAAUUCUGCAUAAUACCAUAAGGGACUUGGAGCAACAUCUUAAUAAAGGCCAGGACCCUUUGCUAGCAUCACACAGAAGCCCCUAG